AUGAGCAGCCAGGAGCAGCAGGCGGGCCCCACUAUCCCGCCCGUCCCAGCCAAGGCCCGCAGCAAGCGGCCCCGGGCCGCCCCUGGAAACUGGACCUCCCGCCUCCUGGUGGUGGCCCCAAAGGCCAAGAAGAAAGAGGUGGCGGAAGAGGGGCGCAAGUGCCUCCACUGCGCCACCGACAAGACGCCUCAGUGGCGGACGGGGCCCAUGGGCCCCAAGACGCUGUGCAACGCAUGCGGCGUGAGGUACAAGUCGGGCAGGCUGGUGCCCGAGUACCGGCCAGCAUCGAGCCCGACGUUCGUGCUGAGCAAGCACUCCAACUCCCACCGGAAGGUGCUCGAGCUGAGAAGGCAGAAAGAGAUGAUGCAGCAGCAGUUGGUACACAAUCAUCACCAUCAGGGUGUGAUGUUCGAUGCAUCCAAGGGUGACGAUUAUCUGAUUCGUCAGCCAGAUUUCAGGCACAUGAUUUAG